AUGCUUCCUUCGGGUGGCAUAGCAGCUAGGCACCGAAAAGGUGUUACAGCUGAACGAUUUUUGUUUUUAUUUUGCAUGUUAGUAGAGUGCGGAUUUCCGGUAAUGCGCCGCAAACAUGCCGACGAUGCAGUUCUUGCUGUGACACACUUUCGCCGUUUAGCUUCCAUGCAACCCGAAGAGGGCUCGAGGGCUGAGAUAAUGCCAGAGUGCCCAAGCCAGACAGGACUGGUUGAGAGGUUGCGGUUGGGUUCGAACCACCAACCUUUAGAUUGA